AUGUACAAUCCGAGUCGCUUGACACAGGCCAUUGAUCAUCAUAAAGAGAUGGAGCUAACUCGUACAGGCCACAGAUGGAUUCAUGAUCCUGCGGAGAGAAUGGAGCUGCUGGAGCUUCUGAGAAUUUGCAAGCAAGAAAAUGCCUGGGCAAAUCAUGCUCUGGAACAGAAUCUGAGACUCACAUGGGGUCUCAACCAUCCAUCACCGGACCCUAUCCCCAAGAAUCCUCCUGCAAACGCCUGA